UGACGUCAUCAAAAAAAAAUUUACUCGCUAAAGAACUAGCGUUGUCUCUGUAAGCCGUGGAAAUCAGCAUGCUGUCAAACCGCCAAACAAAACAAUACCCGGACGAUUAAUGUUUUGAUAUUCAAAAAUUAUACCCGAUAAAAUUCAGAUACUUUCGUUUGUCGGAUCACAAAUAUUAGAAAUAAUGCAUGAGUCGGACACGAAAGAAGCUGUUGUGAAAUUGCCCGAAACGGAAAAAGGCAGUCUUCCAAGAAAACCAAUGUCCUACCCAUACGAUUCGAGGAACGAGAAGUUACCGGUGUUCGGGGUUAUUGUUAAUAUGACGUCCAAAAUCAAGUAUUCAACUAAGCAAUUAGUUGCUAAAUUUGAAGCUAAGUUGUCCGCUUAUAAAUUACCACCAAAAAAACCACAGACUGCAAAAAGAUUAAAAAAGCCGGGGCGUAAAGAAACACCUUAUUUUCGUCGAGUUGGGCCUCACAAAGGCAUCGUGAUGUUCGACAACUGGGAACAGGCUAAUACAUUCGCGGCAACAGAUGAUCCUGAAUAUUAUGCAUUUAUUCCACUGAGCUUCGUAGUUGUUGUGGGUGUUGCUAUUGUCAAGGCAAAGUUCAACUUAAAAGAUUUUAAAUAUGUUGAUUCAUAUGAAGUAUUGCAAUGGCGUACUGAACGUCUUGCCGAUAGAAAAGUGCAGGUCACACUUGCAAUACGCGGUACAGAGCUACCGAGUGAGAUAGUAAUCAAGGGUGAAUGCAUUCCUAUCACAUUACUUGUGCGGCAACCUAUUUACUGUUCCAAUUGUUUACAAUAUGGUCAUCGCUUGGUGAAUUGUAUGCGUAAACCACGAUGCGGUGUUUGCAGCAAAACUUUGCCCUUCGAAAGACACACUGAAAAGAACUGCCCAGUUAUUGCGAAUGGUGAUGUUCUAGAGCGUUGCAUCUCGUGUCAUCAGAACCAUACCAUCGGAUUCGAAGGAUGUAAUGAACAUAUUCAACAAUGUGCUCACAAGAAAAGACUCGUUAAACAACACAUGGAUUUUGUGUCGGUUUUGGAAAACGAUAUUAUCCCUAGCAUACGAUCUACAUCUGUUAAUUCAUCGGAAAGGUUUAUGAGGGACUGAAAUCAGCUCAAGUUAGAAAUGAUAUAAUUUGUUUCUGUGUUUCAUGAAAAUUAUUUCAAAUUGUAUAUGCUCUCGUUAUCAUCUAUGUGUCCAAUAUAGAAACAUGUUAUGUUUUGAUAGAAAAGCCGAA